AUGAAUAUUCCAUGUUAUGGUUGGCAUCAGACAUUAACAUUUACACAAAAAGUAUCAUAUGAUACGAAUAGUCAAAUGUCUCUUGUUUCGUCUGAAAUGAAAUUUUUUAUAUGGUAUGAUUCUUAUGCUAUUUAUGGUGCACGUGAAAAACUUAUUUUACUCAAACCUAUUUUAAAUACUUCAUCAAUCGAAAUCUUUUCAUAUAAUUGGUCUAUUGAUGCAAUAACAAUGGAAGAAUGUCGACAAGAAUGGAAUACAAAAGAAAAAUGUUAUAAUGAUGUUGUACAUGUUCGAAUUUUACCUAAUAGUACAAUAAUGGAUGUUUAUUGUACUUAUGCUCAUCGACCAAUGGUUCGUUCAUUUGAUCUCCAUACAAUGUCAUUUAUUGACGAAAAUACUCUUACACGUGAUCCUCAUCCUCCAAUGGAUUCUGAACGUUCUUAUGUUAUGUUAACUUUUAAUAGAAGUCUAAUAACAGCUGGUUAUCAAGGCGAUUAUAUUCCAACAAUACGUACUACACAAGGAAAAACAUUACUUUAUGCAUUAAGACAAAAUUCAUAUUUUGUUGGUGGAUUUAAAUAUGAUGGAAAAGCAGUUUUUGGUGUUAUUGAAACAUCUGAACGAACAGAAACUAAUCGUGUAUCUCGAUUAGUAAUGGCUUGUGCUGAUCGAACUGAAAUAAUUCGUAAAGCUACUUUGAAUUGUUCAACAAAUAUAUUUGAACAAUCACGAUCAUUUGUCUUUCAUAUUUUAACUGCUUUAAUUGAUCCAAUUCAUACAAUAAAUGGUACAGUAUUACUAUUUGCGACAUUUACUACAAAUAAUUCAUCAAUAACUGCGUCAGCUGUUUGUUUAUUUAUUCUUGAUAAACAAUUUUAUGAUAUAUUUACUGGUUCAUCAAUAAAAAAUAAUCGAAUAAAUGAAAUGAAUGAAUUAAUUUUUAAUUGUUCUCAAACAAUACCAUCAACUAUUGAUCGAGAUAUGGUUGAAUCCGAACGACAAUUUUUACCUUAUUUAUCUAAUCCAUUAUUUAUUGAAACAAUGUCAUAUCAUAUAUUUACAGCAAUUAAUGUUAUUCAAUAUAAACCUAAUUUUUAUUGUUUAAUUAUUGGAACAAGUAAUGGUCGUUUAUUUACAGCAUUUACUGAUGCAACAUUUAAAACGAAUAUAUUUGAAGAAUUAACAUUACCAAUAAGUAUGAGUUAUUCAGUCAAAUCGAUUACAUAUAAAAAAGUUGAUAAUAAUUCUUAUGUGAUUAUUAUAACAAAUCAUAUUGGAUAUUUGACAAUUAAAUUAAUAUCAUGUUAUGAUAAUCAUACAAAACUUUGUUUUGAAUGUUGGAUGAAAGAUUGUUCAAUACGAAAAAUUGUCUUAACAGAUAAAAUUGAUAGACAUCAAUGUAUUUAUGAAAAUAGUAUUCGAUCAAUAUUAAAUAAUAAUACGAAUAUAUUCACUUUAGAUAUGGAUAAUUAUUCUUCAUCAUUCGAUUGGUCAUUACUCAAUCGAAAUUCUGAUGAAAAAUCAAAAAUGAAAUUAUUAUUCUAUAUUGUUAUUCCAUUAUCAUUUGUUGUCUUUGUAUUAACAAUAUUAAUUAUAAUUCUUUUAACAAAAUCAAAUCAUAAAAUAAAACAAGGGCGAUUUUAUCCAACUGAUUGUCGUAAAACACAAGAUACAUCAUCGGCACAUAUUUUUUCACAUACAUAUACAAAUAAUGCUAUGUAUAGAACUAAUAAUAAACAAUUAUUUUCUGAACGAAGAAAUCAACAUCAUGUAUUUCCUAUUAGAUCAGAUUUAUGUAUACGUCAAAUUCCUUCAAAUCCUGUUUAUUCAACAGUAUCAUCACAAAGUUUACCUUCAUUAAUAUUACCAUCACCACCACCACCACCACCAACUAAUUCAUCGAAUCCAUCAAAACAUCUUUCAGCUCAACGUCUUUAUAAAACUUAUGUGUAA